AUGGCCAAGGAAACCUCAAAUAGCCGCGUCGCAUGGGAGCAUAUCGUGCGAGAGAAAGACAAAGUCGGCGAUGCGUACUACAAAACCUCCGACUCUGUCGCAGAAGAACUGCACAAUGAGAUGGUUGGAAAGGCAGUCAUUAUCACAGGAGUAACUUCAGGCAGUCUUGGAGCCGACGCAUCAAGGGUCAUUGCUGCCCACGAGCCAAAGUUGCUCAUUUUAGCCUCCAGGUCAGAGUCCGCCAUCGCCAAAACGAUCGAAGAAAUCAAGCCCACCGCCUCUGCCGGAACAAUGAUCGAGCCGUUGAUCAUCGAUCUUAGCGAUCAGCUCUCUGUGCGAGCAGCGGCCAAGAAGGUUCUCAAGUUGACCCCGGUGGUCGAUGUCUUGAUCAAUAGUGCAGCCCUCAUGAUGAUCCAUAAGUACACCACAAAUGCCGACGGUGUAGAGAUGCAUCUUGCAAUCAACCAUCUAGGCCACUUCCUGUUCACCAACCUCAUCAUGUCGGCACUCCUGAAGUCGGACGGCCCAGGCCGUGUCGUCAACAUCUCCGCGGCAGCUCACCGCAUCGAACCUUUCCGUUUCAACGACUACAACUUUGGCGAGGGAGAGGCUUACGAUCCAACUUUGGGCUAUGCUCAGUCAAAGUGUGCUAAUCUUCUCUUCACUCUUGGUCUAGCACAAAGGCUUGGACAUAAAAAGCUCUUGAGCUAUGGCGUCGAUCCCGGCGGCUCGAUUACCAACUUAUUCCACCGCGCUCCGAAAGAGGAGAUGCUUAAACACGGUUGGCUUCUAGAGAAUGGUGACCCAAGCCCUGCCUUGCUGGGAGGUUUGAAGUCUGUUCAACAAUCGGUCGCCAGCUACAUUGUGGCUGCAUACAGCCCAGAUAUCAAAGACAGAAACGGGUGCACCAUCACUGGUGGCAUGAUUGAUGACACCGUGGCCGAGCAUGCUAAAGAUCCGGAGGCAGCAGAGCAGUUAUGGAAUCUCAGUGAGAAUUUGGUUGGACAAAAUUUUAACUACUGA